AUGUCAUCAGGAAGUCUUAUGCUGAAGACUCGAGGAUUCUCUUUGGAUCUUCUCAACUAUUUGAUGUACGCUUAUUCACCGCUGGUCGAUUACGCACAAAGAAUUCAGAAAGAGGAAAUGACUUAUGGUCAACAACUGCUUGACGAAUACGUCAAAUACCAUCCAAAUUUCACGAUAAGAUCGUUCGUCGAAAACGCCAGCCAGCGUUGUGAGGAUUACAUUCUGAAAUGUUUAUAUCAAGGAACACAGUUCGACUGCUGUGAUCCUAACUAUACAACUCCGAUUAUGACAGAUUUGGGACGUUGCUAUCAAACUGAUCUCGAGAAAUUGCAUCGUGACAUUAAUCUCUCGUACAAAUUCGGUGCUGCUCAAGGGCUACAAAUGAUGCUCGAUUACCGAACAGACGAAGAACUACCCUUAUAUAACGCAUCAGGUAAUUCAAAAUGGAUAUUUGCUCCUUGUCGAAUUACUUCUGUUAUAGGCGUAAGGAUAAGACGGCCGUUUCUGAACACGUUUGAAGAUGGUUUUCGAAUUCAUGUGCACAACCGAAUGACUGUUUCGUUCCUGAGCUCUGAAAUUAUCUCUGUUUCACCGAACAACAAAAUCGCUAUUGCGUUAAGACCCACAAAGGUGCUUCGCAUUCAAUUUGUAUACGAAUUCUUAGAACGUUCAAUUGGCGGUGCGUGUCGGAGAACGUGGCCAGUUGGUUACCCAAAGUAUCAAAUCGGAUAUUCAGAAACACUCUGUCAUGCGAGAUGCAUAGUGCAUAAGUAUGUGAAUUCGUGUGGUUGUGCACCGUUGCGAUACGAUAUCUUAAAAGAUCAAAACACCUGCACACCCAAACAACUACAUGAUUGCAUUGGUGAAAAAUUCGCUAUAGUAGCUUCAACCGGUGGUCGUGAUUUAAUGCCGAAUUGCGCGGAAUGCGCACCACAGUGCCAGAAUUUUGUCUAUUAUUCGUAUUGCUCUUACGCGAAAGACAUUCUACCAGCAACAGUUGAAUACUUAGGACAACUUGGUUCACGGUUCACACCUGAAUAUGUCAGGCAAAAUAUGGUCGGCAUGGCUGUCUUCUUCGAGUCCAAAAAAUUCGUGAUCUACUCGCAAUCAAGGCUCUCUGAUCUCACCAAUGUCUUAAGUAACAUUGGAGGGAAUAUGGGUUUAUUCCACGGAGCGAGUGUUAUUUCACUGUUCGAGUUGGCUUUAGUAGCAGUUAAAGUUGUUUGGUCGUUAUUUUCGAAGAAACGACAAAAUUAUGUGCAAUCGAAACACAUGAAAGAGGAUUCACGAAAGAAGCGAUUAGAGGAGAUCCUCACCGAGAUGAAUCUAUAUAGACCUGAACCUGCGCCGUCAUCGGAAACCAGUGAGGUAAGUGCGAAUCGCAUGUCGAAUCUCAUUUGUGAUAAUUUCGAGCGGCGAACGAGUCUUGCGACGAUCCGUGAAGAGGACGAGGAAGGUGAUCACAUUGUCGAGUUGUCAGCAGAAGAUCUCAACAUAAAAAUGGUGAAGAAUGAACGCAAACGUGGUACAGUAUCACUAUACAUAACCUCGUCGCUUGCUGAAGCGUUGCUCGAUCGAGAUAUCGCGUUUGCUAAAACUAUACGAGUCGGUUUCAUGAAUAAUAAGGUACAUAGUCACUUCUCUUUUCCAACAUAUCUACGCAUUAUAUUUCGAAUGGAACGCUCCAAAAAAAACUUAGCUUUCCCAUACAAUUUGUUCAUGUGUAAAAGUGACGUAGAAUGA